UCGAGCUGAGGUUAGAUCUGAGCCCAGCUCGAGCGUUAGCUCAUCUGCAACCUAUUGAAUCCAGCUUAAGUCUGGAUAUUUUGAAACAAGGCAAGUCCAAGUCUGAGUUCGGGUAUUACCCUUCUCUCUGAAGUUUGGCUCGGCUGGGCUGAUUUGGAGCUCUACUGAGUGUCGGGGGAGGCCCUGCCCUGCGUUCAACGUUACCGCCUCAGAGACAAAAUAACGCCAAGGAUUGCAUAAUUUUAGGAGCAUAAAAGGAGGGAUGGAAGCGCGUUAAGCUUUUUCAAAGUCAUCUCUCGCCAUUGCCCUGUAGCUGUUUAUCAAGAAUUGUAUCUCCCAUAGCUGUUCGUAUUGCUGGUGAAUAACAUGCAAGAUCCAAGGAUGCCACCAUCUGGGGAUAUCACAAAAUCCAAGCCACACAAGAAGAAAGUCCCGGCCUCCAGAGCUUCCUUGAUUUCAUUACAAGGCAAUGAUCUCAGAGAGGUUAAACAGGUGCAGGGCCCUCUAAGAACAAGCCAGAAAGCCUCCAGAAGGAACUUGAAGAAUGAGGGCUCACCACUGAUCCAGCAACAAGAGAGGUCAAACUCAGAUUCAUUGCCUGACUCCUCGACAUCAGGGAAUGAAUACCGUGCACUUAGGAGGAAGUAUUUGUUGUUGGAGGAAGAAAGCUUUGGUUUAGGGAAAGAGUUGAAGGUAGUUGAAGAUGAGGUUAAGACUCUUGAAGAUGAGAAGCUUGCAUUGUUAGACCAGCUUGUUGUGUUGGAAGGCCUAAUUGAUCCUUCGGUGGUGUAUCCCCAUGAGUUGCCAUCCUUAUAAUUCCAAGCAAUUUUUCUAGGUGGGUGCACUUGUAGAUGAGCUCCUAGAUGUAUUUAUUGGUUCAUCCUUUUUGUUUGUUAUAAAUAACUGAAGCAAAGUCAGUUUCAAGAUUUGAUUUGUACUAUGCAAUCUUAAAAUCUGAAGGUAUAAAUCUUUAACAUAUGAGCUUUUGUGUAGAAA